AUGGAGCACUUAAAAUUUGUGUGCUCCGGCUCCGCUCACGCUCCGACCAGAAUAUGGUUGCUCCGAUUGCUCCAGCUCCGCUCCAAAGCCCUGGUUGUCGGUACGUUGAACUUGAACAAGAAGGACGUAACGGCCCGCCAUACGAGUAACAGUGCCAACAGGCUCUCCCUCAUACUAAAUAACUCCAUAUCUCCCUUUAAUUCUCCGCCCCCAAAAAAAGAUCCUGAGUAUGACGAUGACGACGCUAUCAACAACAACAAUAGAAGUAAUAGGAGCGACUACAUUAGCAGCAGCAGCAGCAAUAAUAAUAAUAAUAAUAAUUUGAAUAAUAUUCGUCAGCAUGAUGAUGAUGAUGAGGAUCGUUAUGUUAAAAAUGGUGUCUACGUGGUGAAUGGUUUUUCUGGAAAUUUAGGAGGUUCCGCUAAAAAAGUGAACAAGCCAUUGAAGUUUAUGUGCGAUGAUUCUCCGGAGAUUCCCAGGAAAGUUUUGGAAAAUGGAAAUUCCGCUGGUUUCCAUAUUAAUGGGGCUGGAAGUAUUAAGAAUGGUUACAUCAAGUGA